CCCGCCCCGGCCACCACCGCCGCCGUCGUCGCCGCCACCCGGCUAUAAAAACCGGCAGAUCCCUGAAAGGUGCGGAUGCUUAUUAUAGACCUACGCGACACUAGCGCCCAGAGCCAGGAUCUCCACUGCAGCUUUUUGGAGCGAGCUCCUCAAAUCGAAUUCACACUCUGAGGACCCUGGGAGAAAGGACCUUGCAAAAGCUGCGACUAUUCCCCGGGGCCAUGGACUCGGACGCCAGCCUGGUGUCCAGCCGCCCGUCGUCGCCAGAGCCCGAUGACCUUUUUCUGCCGGCCCGGAGCAAGGGCAGUAGCGGCAGCGGCUUCACAGGCGGCACAGUGUCCUCGUCCACGCCGAGCGACUGCCCUCCAGAGCUGAGCGCCGAGCUGCGCGGAGCCAUGGGCGCGGCGGGCGCGCACCCCGGGGACAAGCUGGGCGGCAGUGGCUUCAAGUCAUCCUCGUCCAGCACUUCAUCGUCCACGUCUUCAGCGGCUACGUCGUCCACCAAGAAGGACAAGAAACAGAUGACUGAGCCGGAGCUGCAGCAGCUGCGCCUCAAGAUCAACAGCCGCGAGCGCAAGCGCAUGCACGACCUCAACAUCGCCAUGGACGGCCUGCGCGAGGUCAUGCCUUAUGCGCACGGCCCGUCGGUGCGCAAGCUCUCCAAGAUCGCCACGCUGCUCCUGGCGCGCAACUACAUCCUCAUGCUUACCAACUCUUUGGAGGAGAUGAAGCGACUGGUGAGCGAGAUCUACGGAGGCCACCACGCCGGCUUCCAUCCGUCGGCCUGCGGCGGUCUGGCGCACUCUGCACCGCUGCCCGCGGCCGCCGCUCAUCCGGCGGCCGCCGCUCACUCGGCGCACCAUCCGGCAGUGCAUCACCCCAUUCUGCCUCCCGCCGCAGCCGCCGCAGCUGCCGCCGCCGCCGCCGCCGCGGUGUCCAGCGCCUCUCUGCCGGGCUCCGGGCUGUCGUCUGUCGGCUCCAUCCGGCCUCCGCACGGCUUGCUCAAGUCUCCGUCAGCGGCCACGGCCGCCCCGCUCGGGGGCGGGGGAGGCGGCAGCGGAGGCAGCGGUGGCUUCCAGCACUGGGGAGGCAUGCCCUGCCCCUGCAGCAUGUGCCAGGUGCCACCACCACACCACCAUGUGUCGGCUAUGGGCGCCGGCAGCCUGCCGCGCCUCACCUCCGACGCCAAGUGAGCUGGUCGGUGCUGGAGCGUUCUGGAGAGCAGGGGGUGCCCAGAGGGUGCAGAGAAGCGAGGGGACUGGCCGGCACUAGGGCUCGCGAGGAGGGGCUCAGGACCAUGGGCUAGGGUGGGGAAUGAUUGGGACUACAGCACCCGGGAAUGGAAGUAAUGGGAACGCGCAGAGUGGGGAGUGAGGGGCGCUUGACUCCGGGACCUAGUUCGGCCCUCGGCUUUAAACUGCGCAGAUCCGGUAGACACUACUUCGUAAAAUGGCACCACCAUUUGCGUCCUUCACUCGAAUUCCUUCUCUCCACCCCGGGGAAAGAGUCUAAAAACUGUUUCCCCAAGAGCCACGGUUUAACUCCCAGACUGGACCCAGGCAGCACUUCGUGGGGAGUCGGGGGACUUUCCCUCCUUCCUCCUUUCUCAGCUGGUAGGAGACUCUGGGAUCCUCACUGCAGAAGCAACCGCUGGGCCUCACCCUCAAGGGUCGUCUCCAAGCCUGGGCCAGGGGCAAUGAAUUAGAUGGAAGUUGGCGCUGGUACCCGAAGCACUUACGGUCGUGUCUGGUUAUGCCUGGUUUCCAUAUCUGGGUAAACCCACAGCGUGUAAAAACUGUGGCCAUUCCUGUCUCUCUUGUUGACUUGGGGGUUUGUGGUUUUCUAAUAAAUCUGUGAAUGUUCCUUUUUCAACAGUAUGAGCAAGCUUUAUAAGACGCUCAGAAUAGAACCACUUGUGGGGUGAAAUAACCCAAACUGCCGAUUUAGAGGGAGGCGGGUGUUUUUUCGGUAUUUUAAAAUGAAUACUAGCCCCGGUCCUCUUCAUUCUUUCCGUCUUGAGCGCGCGCGCGCGCGCGCACACACACACACACACACACACAAAGUGAUUUGGUUUCUUACCCGAUUGGAAGCAGUUAUUUUGGUACCUGAGGGUUUGACAGAACUGAAAGAAGUUGCUGUGAAUAUAGCUUGAGUUAUGGGGGCGGGGUUCUGUUAGUUGUUUAAUAAUUUCUUUCUGGAAGAUGUAAAUACACUAUCAGUGAUGAGGUAAGUGCACGAUGCUAAGCUGUUUGCUCACGUGACUGCCAACCCCUCCGGAGUCUGAGCCGGCUUUCCUCUCUGUAUCGGUUUCUUUUUGCCACGGUUUUUUAACUCAAAUGGCAAACGUGCUUCCACGUGCUUCCUGCGUUGGUGCAAAUCGCCUGGCGCUGGUUGCGUUGCAAUAUGGGCUUCAACUCCUCUGCCACAUAACAUCCCUCCUCUGAUAAACGCUGCCCUAGCAGAGAGUGUAUCAUCUGUUUUAUUUUUGUAAAAAAAAAAAAAGUGCUAAAUAAUAUUUAUUACUUGUUUGGUUGCAGAAAACGAAAUAAAUGAUUGAGUGUUGAGAUUUUAAAUAAAACUUAAAGUAAAUCAAACUUUUUCAUCCGUGUGAGUGGGAGGGU